AUGGCUUCUCAACCCAAGAAUCCUCGCAGCGAUAACGAGGCUGCUGACGUUCCACCAGAGGUUGAUCAUGACAUUCUGGAGAGCGUUGAUUCUGUUCAAGAAGCUAUCGACAGCCUUAACAAAAAGGCUAGCGUUGAAAUUCUCAAAGUAGAGCAGAAGUUUAACAAAUUACGCAAGCCGCACUAUGAGCAUCGUGCGGAACUCCUCGCGAAAAUUCCGAAUUUCUGGCAUACUGUCUUUGUCAAUCACUCGCACUUGCGCAAAGUGAUUACGGAAGAGGAUCAGAAGGUUCUCGCUUAUUUGAGAGCUGUUGAAGUACAAGAAUUUGAUGAUAUUACGUCCGGUUACAAGAUCAAUUUCUACUUUGAUGAAAAUGACUGGUUUAAGAACGAUUGUAUCACUAAAGAGUAUCACGUUAGUGAAAAGGGUGAGCCAACCGCCACUUCUACCAAAAUUGACUGGAAGCCGGGGAUGGAUCUUACGGAGUCGGCCGAUAAUGGAAGGGAAGGUCAGAAGAGGGACUACCCUCAUCAGUCCAGUUUCUUCUGUUGGUUUGCGUAUGACCGCAAUGCCGUGGGUGACGUCAUUGGUGAUUAUAUUAAGGAUGAGCUCUGGCCAAACCCACUUCAGUACUAUCUCAAUCCUGAGAUUGACUCAGAUGAGGAAGUAGAAGAGGAUCUUUUGGAUGAGGAAGAUGAUGAGGAGGAGGAGGAGGAAGAUGAUGAGGAUGGUCAAGAUCUUGCUUACGACGAUGCUGGUGGGGAAGACGCUGCGAAGUCAUCGUAA